UGUGAGGUAGCGGCGCUGCAGGUACAGUCACAGCCGGAUACUGGUUUCACAGCCGCGGCGACACCGCCUCGGAGCCCCGGAGUCCUCCCCAGCCCUCUCCCAACAACCGUCUGCGAUGUCCGGCGGAGGAGACGUUCGCGUCCUCCGCCAAGAGGCCGGGCAAGAGAGCCCGAGGAUGCCGGCCUGGAAGCGAGAGAUCCUGGAGAGGAGGAAGGCGAAGGGCGGCGGGUCUGGAGGAGCCGGUUCCGCGGAGACGAGCCCCGGCGGCGGUGCGGGGCCGCAGCGGCUUAACGGAGAGGUGACGGGGAGCGUGAACGGCAGCGGCGGCGGCGGAGCUGGAGGUGAAGGAGCCGAGAGAGACGGGGGACCGAGCGGCGGGUCCGGGCGGAACUACACCAUCACCACCGCCAGCCAGCACUUCGCCCCCAACAACAAAGAGACGCGACCGGCGGCCGAGGAGACGCCGCCGCCCCGGGAGGAGAGCCUGGUGCUGCAGGAAAGCCUGGGCCCGCUGGAGGAGAACCCGUUCAUCAAGCUGGAGAAGGAGCGGAGGAGGCGGCAGGACCGGGACAACGCCGCCCGCCCGGUGCAGCACAUCCUUGAGCUCUACGGCAGCGUGCCCGGCAUACGGACCAUCCGCGCCGACAACAUCAUCAUCAUCGAGUCGGAUCCGGAUUACUUCCCGGAAGCUGGGGCGCUGAAACCCGGGUCCAAGUGGCAGCAGAACGGCGUGAGUAGCUACAGCUCCCUGAACGACCUCCUGGACCAGAGAGGCAGCGCGGUGACCGAGAUCCGAGCCAAGGAGGUGGUGAUCUAUGACACCACGUUGAGCAGGAGCGAGGAGAACCUGAGCACCCUGGGCCGGACCGACCAUGGGACCCCGCUGUACGACUCGGGUGAGGGGCCGGGCAGGGUGAGCCGGAUGCUGCAGAAGUUUGACAGCAACUACGGGAAGCUGCAGAAGAAGUCCCACAGCACGGAGAACCUGCUGGAGCUGGACAGCAGCAGGCCGAGACUCUGGGCCAAGCCACAGCCAGAUCUGGUGCCAAAGCCCAGGCCGGGCAGCCCGGGCAGCAGCCACCCGCCCUCGCCCAUCUUCCAGAGUCCCCGCUCCCCCAAACCAAAGCCACAGCCUGCUGCCUUGGAGCCAGGAAGCCCCCAGCGUCCCACCACGUCCCCCCAGUCCGUGUCCUCCUUCCGUCAGCGGUUUGAGGACACUGGGGGUCGUGGCGCGGCCUCCAGAGAUGAGCCAGACAGGGGGUCAACAAAGGUCACCAGAGAGCGAGACUGGGAGGCCACUGAGGUGUCGCCCCAACCCAAGGUGCCAUGCUCUCCGGAGACCCGCCGUGCCCGUGCCGAGUCCCCCUCAUGCCCCAUCUCAUCCAAGAUGGCUCGUUCCACGCCUGACUUUGAGAUCCGCCCCUCUCCGAAGCCAGACCUCAACCAGAUUCCCGACGGGGACACUCAGGCUCGGGCCCUUGCGAACCUGCGCCUGCAGUCCCGCAACUCCUUCACAGUGAUCCCCAAGCGCCGGCCCACUGCCUCGUCUGCAACAAGCAGCCCGGUGCCCUCGGGCCCGGUGAGGUCAUCACCCUCUCACAGAAUGGCAGAGGUGCCAGCAGUGCCAACCUCCAUCGCCAUAACACCCAGUCUGACACCCUCAAACAGGAAGGAGGAGAAGAAGCUGGAGAGGGUAGACCGCUCAUCCAAGCCUGAACCACCUCCUACUGUUGCCACAAGUCCACCAUCUCCUCCACCCUCAGAACCUUUAUCUCCAUCUCCUGCUCUCACCCCAGCUCCCUCCUCUCCACCUGCCCUGUCCUCACCCCCCUCCUCUGCGGCUGUCCCAUCUUCACCCCCUUUCACCCCACCCGCCUCAUCUUCCGUGUCCUCAGACCCUCUUCCCCCUGCUCUUCUCCCUUCUGCCCCCUCCCCUGCUCCAGAACAACCCCUCAUGGAUCAGCUGCCAGUCACAAAUAUAGAUGACAUUGAGGUGGAGCCCUCGCAGCGGGCCCCUGAGCCCAGCCCCAUGGUGCAGAGGAGAAAGGGCAACACCUUCACUGUGGUACCUAAACAUAGGGCGGACUCCCAGGCCCAGCCCAGCUCACCUGAGCCCCCACAGGAGGGCUCAACCGUGGCCCCCCCGGGCUCCACACCUCCCCAGGCCCCAUAUGCCAACCUGGGGUCCCUGCUGAAGAAGCGGUACCCAGCUGUGGAGGAGAUCGAGGUCAUCGGUGGGUACCAGUCUCUGGCCAGGUCCUGCCUCUCCAAGACCAGCUCCACGGGCAAGAAGCUCAACAUCUCAUUCAACGAGUCGAGUCUCCAGAGCACGUAUGAGUAUCCAUCAGAGAACACUGCGUGGGACAGUGGGGACGAGGACGAGGACGAGGACGAGAGGGUAGCGGACGAACAGCCGAGCAUGGUGGGACGCAUCCACAUCCCCCGGCCCAGCUUCACCAACUCGCCCAUGCACUCCACCAACAGCAACGACCUCUCCAGCUACAUUCCCAAGCACUCGGUGGACUUCAGCGCCUGGCAGGAGCACAAGCACGAUGACGGUGUUUACCAGGAGGACGCCGCGUCCACUCAGACGCUCAUGACGGAGGAGGUUAUGCUCACGCCAGCGGACAGCUCCUCCCUCUCUGACUACAGCAGCGAGCCCGCUCUGUACUUCUGACCACACGGACCAAUCAGCUGCUCUGUAGCUUGACAGCAUCACACUGGUGGUGGGAGCCGACAGCAGCGGGAGAAGCAGAGGAAGUCACAUCUGGGCCCGACCCGCCUCCAGCUCCACGUCAUCUCUAAGCACAUCGUCCUGAUCAGAAAGGGAAAACCUUUUUUUUGCUGACUUCCUGCCACGGUGCCGCCACACGCCACGGGUUCGCCUGCGUAUCAGCGCAGGACAGCGUUUCGCCAGGUGGCUGGUGUUUGAGCUCCACCUUCUUUUUGAACGAAAGCAGCUGGACUGUCUUUACCCCCCCUCGAGCCUGGACAGUUGAUCUGUCGCCCCCCCCCACCCUCCUCAUUCUUCGUCCUCUGACAGAAUCACAUGGAGACAGAACCUGGAGAGACGUCCUGUCUUCAUCUCCAGACUCCGUCCACUGGCUUCACAUCUCUCCUGCUUCCUCGUCUGCAUCUCACCUUCUUCUUGGAGACGUUAAUGGGCAAAGGGACCAAAACCCCUGAAAUGAACAGGAAGCCGCCAGUGCCCGUGUGUAGGUAUCACCACGGCCGCGGUGAGUUCAGUGUUAGCAUGGAAACAUGUCAUUCUCCAGAAGCGAAGGUCCUGGAGGACCAGUGGGCUUUCAUAUAGCAGCUGGAUAGCAGACUCAAACAGUGAAGAACAAAAAAAGGUUAAAGGGUGCCACAAAUGUAGUUUUAUUGUCUCUCUUUGUUUUUUGUACCUGCAUGUUUUAGUUCCGACCAACACCUCCAUGGGUUCUCUUACUGUAAAGCUUCUCUAUGCCUUUUAGUUUUGUACAUUUUGCAGCAGACUAUGCUGUAGUGGAGCUGCCGGACAUUUGGUAGACGAGUCAAACAGCGAGCAGACUUCAACACGCUUCCUCCUUUGGUGACGGGGGAGGAAACAUAUGCACCCGGGGGAGAUUUCUGUCAACCAGUAGCAACUCUGAGCCCCGAUCACAUGCUUAAAGAAGUGACCUUGGCCAAUAAAUGUCUGUACGUCCGUAACGCUGGUGACAAAACAAAGCAACAUACUGUAGAAUGUUUCUGUAUAAUCCUCUCUUUCAAAGUUCUCUGUGUCACGUUCAGAGACUGUAUCUAAAGAUGGCGUCUCCGCCUCCUGCCACGAUCCAGACAUUAAGCCAACAUCUCCCAGCACUGCCAUUUUGUGCCGAUGAUUUGAGCAAGAGUCUGUGUCCGGAUCUCUGUCCUCUACACAGUAAGCCCCUAAAUAUUGCCCUUUGCCCCCAGAGGCUAAUACAUCAUCAGACGUUAGCUGACGAGCUCUGUGAUUGGUGCAGCAGUGAUCGGGGGUGGAGCUGCUGUAUCGAGGUCCCGCUGAUGUACGUGAUUGACCAAUCACGAGGCGGUCUCAGCUGUCAAUCAUGACGUUUAAUAAGAACUACAUAAAAUGAGAAAUUUUGUUCAGUCCAUAUAUCACCCAUUAACAUGAGAGAGGCAGAGUUUAUAACCUUUACUGUAGCCAGCCACCGGGGGGCGAUGGAGAUGCUUUGGCUUCACUUUAGGGGAUCGGUGAUGUCGGCCAUCUUUAUAUACAGUCUGUGGUCACGUUUUUGAAAAGCUGUCGGACGUCCUGACACUUUUCUUUUGGCUUCUUGUGUAUUUAUUCCUGCUUCAAGUUGAAGUUUGCAUGUCUGAGACCUGUUCAUGUACAAAAAAAAAACUUUUUGUAAAGAAAACUUUGCUGGUAUUGGUAAAAAACGGACGGGUCCAAACAGGCCCACUGGAUCUUUCUUAUCUUUAUUUUUAUUUCUUUUCUUCCAGUCGGACCUCAUGUACUUUAACAUUCCCCAGAGAAAGACUCCGCUCCAUUGAAGUAAUGAAGGCAAUGAUGAUCACGAUCAUUCAUGAUGUUUGUGAGAGCGAAUGUGAGACCGUGUGUGUUUGUGUGUGUGUUUGAAAGGAUGUGAUGAUUUUUUUUAAUUAAGAUUUGUUUUAUAUCCAGUACAAGAAUGCUCCACGUUUCCAGAUGAUUUUUUAUUUUAAUGAAACUCAUAAUGCCAACUGAUUUAGGUGUUGCUGUGACAACCUCACACUCAUUCUUCACCCCUACGGCCAGUAUUGUUGUACAGUUUCCACCUUGUUUUCAUAAUUAUGACGGAUUUUGCAGUUAGGAGAUGAGAUUCUGUCUUUGUCCGAUGAUUUUAGGAAAUGACCUGUUUGGAGUCGUGGAUGUUUUAAGUGUCUCUGCACUGUCUUGCUUGGAGCUUUGAUUUGAGGGAUCAAAGGCGACGGGGGAAUGUGCACUAACAGAACCAGAGCUCAGGAGUUCUGUUCCGAAAACAACAGCCACUAUUCGCAUCUUGUUAUAAAACCACUCGAAUCACGAUGAAUGAAUUGGUCUCUGGGACUCAACUCUUCAGUCGUACGUGAUGAAUGCACUGCCGAUGAUGCCAUGUCCAUGUUUGUAUAUCGUCUGCCACAGCCUUGCAUGGAAAGUCUUAUGAUUGUCAGCCUUUGCCACUGUGACCACAAACAGUCCACAGGGAGGUUUCCACCGUAGACUGUAAAUGAAAAUGGACGACGAGUCUCCGAAAAACAGAAACCACCUUUGAGAAAAAUCUCCCAUCUACUAACCUGGAGCCACCAGGGGGCGACCAAGAUGAUUGGGCUUCACUUUAAGGGAGCUGUCAUGUCAUCCAUCUUUAUUUACAAUCUAUCGUUUCCACACGGGUCCAAAUCUCACGUUUGACCUUAAAUUGCCUCGAGAAUUGAUGGUUGUUUUUAACAUGCAUGUAUUUAACAUUAGUGCAAACUAUUUGGAAACCAUGCUACUGUGUUUUAGAAGGUUGAAUGUAUUCUUAAUAUUUCCAAGUGUCCAUUAAAUUCUGAUUCAUUUUAGUGGAGUGAAAAUCUACGAGAAGACUUUUAUUAUUUAGUUUUAAAGUUCACAGCGAAGAUCAAGUUGCUUCAUAAUCCAGUAGAGCUGGUUUCAAUACUAAAUCUACUUCAGAGAUUGUUUUUCAUAUCUUUCUCUGACAAGAAAUCUGUUUAGAAUCAGAAAAGAGCAGAAUAAAGAAGGUUAAAGAAAUAAAGAUGAUACAUAUGUACACAAAUUUGAAAAUAAGUUGAAGGAGAACUUUUCAAAUUGAUCUGCACCUAAGUACAUUACCAUGAAGUGAAAUCCCAUAAUGACUUAUACACUUAUUAGGUUUCAGGAGUCUGUUCUUAGGUUUUCACACCAUGAGUGAGUGGAUGGAAACUAAGGUUUGCUUGAAACAGUAGAAAAACAAACCUGUGCAGCACGUAUUUUAAAUAUUCAGCUACAAUGUGAAUUCCACUCUCGGUGAAGUUCUGGAGCUGAAGCUUCUGCACGACUUGUCCUCGUCUGAGGUGAAUCUGCUCUGGAGAAGCUGCUGGAGUCACGUGACGCUCCUGUGGACCCCAGAGAGGACGUGGACUCUGUGGGAACCUGCUUCCUGUCUGUCCUUCUCUGAACUGAGGGACUCAAGAGGCACAAUGGAUUGUGGGAAACUUCACCGACCAUCUUACACCAGCAAGAACUUUUCUGAUGACACACACAUUCUGUCCCUGCAGUGUUUUCUCUUCUGACUCCUUCUGUGUUGGUUGCACUGUGGUAGAAGCUCCGUCACGUUCCUUCUUUACCCCCCCCCCCCUCGUUUGUAAAUCUACAUCGCAGCAGAUGUGCUUACUGUAAAGUUAUCGUCGAUUCUGGAAAAUUUCAAUAAAAUACAAAAACAAAGUGAUGUCAUUACUUGUACAAAUGAAAGCUCAAUAAAUAGAUGACUUGAACCAACAAA